UCCUAUGGUCCCCUAUGCAUCGCCGGGUGUGACCCCAAAAAAAAAAAUUGGUGUAAAUUUGAGAGACACCAUAUCAUGGAGUGUCUUGGAUCUGCUAAUAGGAUUAAGUCUCAAGUUAUUUCACCUGUGUUCUAAAAUUGGCCCCAGGAUAGAAGAAAUAAUGUGUUUUUUGCGCAAGAGACCCCAAGGACAGAACCAUUAAAUUCACCAGAACCUAGGAUCAAAAAAAUAUAUUUUGUCUCAUUGUUUCCCUGAAGUAAUUGGGGUAUAACUGUAAGUUGACCCACUAAAGAGAGGGAAAAACCCCUGCUCGACUCUCCCUCCCUAGCCUCAGCUGAGCCAGCAGAGUCACCACCGCCUGAGGGAGGGUCACCUCUCGGGCUCCACCCCUCCGUCGCCUACUCUCGGUCUCCAGGCCCGCCCCUUUAAGGACACUAGCCUCGUUCGGUUCCGCCCACCCUUGUUUCCUACGGGCCCCGCCCACCAGCCUGCUACUGGCCCAGUCUCUAAGGGGCCCCGCCCACCCGCCUGCAACUCGCUGAGUCUUUAAACGCCUUGCCCGCGGGUACUCAGCGCUUCAGUUUUCCGUUCUCCCGCCUAAUUUUGGUGCCAAGUCCCAGCUGCUUAAGCCGCGCAGUAUGUCUGAGUCUGUUGUGGCGUCUGAGAAGGCCGGCUCCAGUAAACGACUCCAAGUGGAGGUGAAUGAAUAUAAAGAAAACCAAGACAUUACUUUUCUAUCUCUGAGACCAGAGCAGCCUACAGCUUUAGGAAAAGUAACUAAGGUGUGUCUUAUGCCCUUUUCACUCAGUAAUUAUAACCCAGGCCAAUUUAAGUGCUCCAAAUCCCUUCUAGACAAAAGUUCUAAUAAAGUGGCACCUAAGAAUCUGUUUAAGAAGACUAAAAUUAAGAGAACUUGCCAAAGGAUUUUAACUUCAGAGAUGGAAGCUACAAUUUCCAAGGCAGAAUUUACUGUGCAAAAAUCAUCCUUAGAUGUUCCUACUGAAAGUUACAAGGUACCUUUGGAUACAGCGAUUCUCAGUGUUGAUAAGGAAAACAGUCAGGAUGGAGACAGUGAUGAAGACAUCACAUCAGGCCUGGAUGAUUUUUCAGGAUUAUCAUCGUAUGAAAAGAAGAGACUAAAGAACAUAUCAGAAAAUGCAAAGUUUUUUGCUUCUCUUCAGUUGUCUGAGUCAGCUUCAAGGCUUCUUGGCAUGAUAAAGAAGAGACCGCUUCCUGAAUCAAAAAGAAAGAAGCCUAAGAAGCAAGAAAAUGAGAUUAUAUGUAGAAGGUCAAUGCGAUUACUAAAAGUUGAACCUUUGGAAAUUUCAUUACCAGCAACUCCAGUAGCAGAAGAAAAUCCUUCAUUGCCUCCUGGACCUAUAGAAAUGUCUCUUGAAAAUAGUGAACUAUUUAAAGGAUUUCUACACAUUUGGGAAGAAGUGAAUAAGACAAGGAGUAAGAGCACUGAGAAGGAAUCAUCCAGUAUAAAAAGCUACAAAGCCAAUUUAAAUGGCAUGGUCUUACGUGAAGAUACUAUUUGUAAAGUUACCAACAGCCCAACAUGUUCGAUGGCUAUCCAUCCAUCAGAAACUAGAACUUUGAUGGCAGCUGGGUUCAGAAAUGGGCAAGUUGGACUUUGGCAUUUGGAACCUAAAAAAGAUGGAGUUUAUGUUUUCCAACCCCAUAGCCAGAAAGUGAACAGUAUUUACUUCUCACCUGCCAAUCCGGCCCACUUAUUAUCUCUGAGCUAUGAUGGCACAUUACGGUGUGGGGAUUUUUCAAGAGCUGUUUUUGAAGAGGUGUAUCGAGAUGAAAGAAAUAGUUUUUCGUCAUUUGACUUCUUGACAGAAAAUGCCUCCACUUUAAUAGUAGGACACUGGGAUGGAAGACUGUCACUGGUGGAUAGACGAACACCUGGAACUUCUUAUGAGAAACUUUUCAGUACUUCUUUGGGUAAAAUCAGAACUGUUCAUGUCCACCCAAUACAUAGAGAGUAUUUCAUUGCUACAGGAUGGUCAGGUAUUAAUAUCUAUGAUGCAAGGUACCUACAUUCAGAGAGAAGCCAGCCUUUGACUUCUUUGACUGGACAUAAGAAGAGCCCUUCUUCCGCCUACUUUUCACCUCUUACUGGUAACAGGGUAGUGACCACAUGUGUUGAUUGUUCACUGAGAAUCUUUGAUAGCAGCUGUAUAUCCUCUAGGAUUCCUCUUCUUACCACUAUAAGGCCCCAUAUGAUCACAAAGCGAUGGCUGAUCAGGUUCCAAGCCGUGUGGGACCCUAAACAAGAAGACUGCAUCAUAGUUGGCAACAUGGCUUAUCCACGCCGGGUGGAAAUCUUCCACGAGACAGGAGAACUGGUGCAUGCUUUUACUGAUAAACUCCUGGCCUCUGUGUGUUCCGUCAUUGUUAUGCACCCAACUCAGUAUAUUUUGGCUGGAGGUAAUGCUAGUGGGAGGAUACAUAUUUUUAUGAAAUGAGAAACCUAGGAUUUUGGUUUAACACCACCAAUUUGUUCAAACUAUUCAGUAUCUAAGGCACCUGCUAAUUCAUGUGAUUUAUCAUUUCACCUGGUAAUUGUUCUUAUUAGUAAGAACUGAGAGCAGAAUGGUUUUUUUUUUGGUUUGGUUUUUGUGCUUAGGGGUUACUGACUGUGCUUAGGGGUUACUCCUGGCUUGACACUCAGGGAUCAUUCCUCACGAACUCAGGGGACCAUCUGAGGUACCAGAAAUUGAACCCUCAUUGGUCAAGGGGUGUGUGCUAGGCAAGCACCCCUACAUGCUAUACUAGCUCUCUGGCCCUGUGUGGGAAGUAUAUAUUUUUAGUUGGAGAGAAGACUUAGAAGCUAUGUUUUUAGGUUUGUAGAAGGUUGUGAUGCCUUUUGCAUUUAUAACCAAGCAGAAUGUUGAGAAAUUUGAACAAAUUGUAAAGCUUUGAAUGAUCAACAUUAAAGGUUUUUGUGGCACUUUAAUGGUUUUGAUUUUAUAGUAAUUUAUUAUUUAUAGUUUGUAGCAAAUAUUUCUACAUUCACACACUGGAAGUGUUUCUGCAAGGUCCUAUAAUUUAGUGAUUUUGAAACUUUCAGUUUUCUUUUGUUUGUUGCCCAUACCUGGUAAUGCUCAAGGGCUACUCCUGGCUCUGUGCUCAGAAAUCACUCCUUGUUGCUGGGAAACCAUAUGGGAUACUGGGGAUUGAAUCCUCAUUGACCAUGUGCAAGGCAAGUGCCCUACCCGCUGUAUUAUUUCUUCAGUCCCCAAAAGUUCAGUUUUCUUUUAACCAAGAAUACUGCAUGUGCCCCUGCUCCUUGCUCCCUUUUAAAUUAAUCACACAUGAAAUCCCAGGUAAUUGCUGAAACACUGGCCCACUUGGAGGACAUGGGUCUGUGUGCUUGUUCUCUUCCCGUCCUUGUAAGGGGAAGUGAGGCCAGGGGACAGGGCUGUGAAGCACAGGGUUUGGAUCUCUUAAUUCCUGCCAUUUAUUCAGUGUGAAGUGGCUCAAAUUGUUAGUCACAGCUAUUUACAUGAAAUAAAUGUAGGGGCUGUGACUAGUGUUUUAAAAAAUACAAUGGAAGAACAGUAAUGAGUAGAAGUUAGAGGACCAGAGAAGAUCGUAUAGGAGUUAUCUGGCACUUGUCUGGCUCAUGCUGGUCUUGGUUCAAUCCCUGGUACUAUAUGGUCCCCUGAGCACAGAGUUGGGAGUAACUCCUUAUCAUUUCUGGGUGUGGCCCCCCAAAUAGCAGAAACUAGAGUAAAAAUUGUCUUGUGAAGCUUACUUACAUAUAUGUGUUCUGAAAUAAAAUGUAUCUUUUAUGGUGGUGUGACUCCCAGGUAAAGAGGUAAGAACUGCUGCCUAAGAAGAUCCUAGACAACAACCUAGUCUUUUUCUGUCUUUAAAUUUUCCAGAAGAGAGUCACUGUGAACUGAAUACUUUCAUUCCUAUUUAUAUUUUGGGGAAAUGUUAAGAAAAAUCAUUUUUGCUUUUUGUUUUGAGGGUCACAUCUGGCAGAGCUGGGGGACCAAGUAGUGCCAGGGAUUAAACCUAGGUCUCCAAAGCAUGUACUCCAGCUUUUUGUUUUGUUUUGGCUUUUUGGAUCACCUCUGGUGAUGCUCAGGAGUGACUCCAGGCGGUACUGUUGGGGGACCAUGUGGGAUGCCAGGGAUUGAACCUGGAUUGGCUGCCUGUAAGGCAAAUGCCUUCUCUGCUGUACUAUAGCUCCAGCCUCAAUAAUUUCACGUUGGAAAGUUAAUAUGUAUAGUAUUCAGAAUUGAAUUCAGAUUAAUUUGUCCUAGCCAUUUGAGCUAUCUCCCCAAUGCAACUUUUGGCAUUUCUUUAUAAAAUUUUUCUCAGAAGCUAAAGCAAUUUGAAUAUGUAUAUGAAGGGGAGUUACUAAAUCAGUGUCUUAAUAUUGUGAUAUUAGGGGCUGAUGAGCAUAUAGUGGCUAACACACUUGCCUUGCCUGUUGUUGGCCUGGGUUCAAUUCCUGGCACCCUAUGUGUCCCCUGAGCUUAACAGAAAUAAGCCCUGAACACCACCAGGUGUGGCUCCAAAACUGGAAAAAAAAAACAACCACAAAACCCCUCAAUAUUAUGAUGUUAUCAAUCAGGCUUUUAAAAUUGUUCUUCAUUGAUAAACUACUACUGAAAGACUUGUAAACUAGCUUUGACAAUAUGUUUGAAUUCUUAGGGGA